AACUUCUUGCUCUUGAAAAAGGAAACACGAUUGAAGAAUUUAAGAAAUCGUUCUACUUAUUGACAGCGAUUCAAUUGAUUAAACGUGCUUGGUGGAUGGUUAAACCUGAAACGAUUGCCAACAUUUUUAAAAAGUGCCAAUUUGUUAAAGAAUCCUUCGAGGUUGAAGAGCUUUCACAAGAAGCAGAUGGAAUAGUGGAGCUUGUGAAUAUCGAUGAGUUUCUUCACGAGGAAUACUUAAAUUUCGUUCACUGCGAUGACAAUUUGCCCUGCUACGGUGAAUCAACUGAUGCGGAUAUAAUUGCAGAAGCAGUUUCAGGGGCAGAAGCGCUUUCAGAAUCGUCUGAAGAUGAAGAUGAACUAAGCAUACCCACCAAGAGAGAAGUUUUUGACUCAAUUAAUGUUCUACGUAAAGCACUUAUGCCUUCUAAUUCAUUUAUGCAAGAAAUUGAGGAUAUUGAGCAGUAUUACUUCUCAAUAAGCUCCAUAAAAAUGUUCAAUCCGAAAUAA